GAAAUUACUAAAUUUAAUUUAGAAAUCUGCUGAAUGAUGAGAUAAGAACAAAUUUGCUAAUUUUAAAGAAAAUAAAUUGACAAAGUGAUGGAAGUGACUUGUGGAUUAUUAUAUAAGUCGGAUGUUAAUUAAAAACAUAAAAUAAAAUAAUCAAAAAUUGUAUAUGAUAUAAUGAGUUGUUAAUCUAUUAGAAAAAAACAAUUGCGUUUGUUCAUGUAAAUCACUAUACAAGUGUUAGUCUUGUGUAAAUGUAAAGUUGUCGAGAAAAGAGAAGUUUUCCAUAAAAUUUGAAACAAUACUCUGUUUUCUUCUCUCUUCCAAUUCUAUUUUACUUUUCUUGAUCACAUCAAACCAAUAAUAUAUAAACUGUUCUCUACCGAUCCAGAUUUCGUGCUCGUCUCUUUUUCCAACAAGAUCAUGAGUUCUCCGGUGCUAAAUCAAGACAUAAUCCAAGAGGUUCUUUCUUAUUUCCCGGCUUCAAAAAUUGGAAAAUUCAGGCUCCUGAAUAAAGAGUGCAACAAGAGAAGCUACGAGUCAUGGUUUCUCAAUCUCAAUUUCCAUAGAACCAACUAUAUCUCCGGAUACUUCCUAGAACGCUACGAACGAGGAUACAAACUUGAUACCAGUUUUGUCCAUGAGAGGAGAGAUUUGGAAAACAAAGGAGUCUCCAUCGAUUUUCUGCCACAGGGAGAGGGAAAGAUUAAAGCUUGUGAUGCAAGUCAUGGAAUAUUGCUUUGUGUUAAUGAUACAGGAAUAAUACCGGAAUACAUAGUCUGCAAACCAACCACAAAACAGUAUCAGAUCAUACCAAACCCAAAAGUGGGGAGAUGUGAUAAGUCACUCGGUAUAAUGGUAACCGGAUUGAACCCUUUCCGGUAUAAAGUAUUUAGGCUUUCGAAGUCGCCCGGUAUGAAUCGGAGUCUCAGAACUUUUGCGUGCGAAGUUUUUGAUUCCGAUUCGUUUAUGUGGAAGAGGAUAAAAAAUCUGCGUCUACCAAGAACAGACGGUUUAAUUUUUUCAAACCCGGUACAAGCUUCGGGGUUCUUGAAUUGGAUAUCACGGAACAACAACGUGAUCCGGUUAUGUCUCAAAACCGAAACUUGGUCUUUCUUACAUACCCCAAACGUUGGUAUAUUCCCAGAGUUGGUCAGAUACGAAGGGAAGCUAGGUGUUAUUCGUCACUGGAUAAACAACAAUCAAGAAGAUGUUCACGGAUUAUGGGUUUUAAAGAGCAGUUUUGAGAAGUCGUGGAUAAAAGUGAAAGAUAUUAAAAGCAUUGGAGUAGAUCACAUUGUGUGGACUCCAAGCAACGACGUCGUAAUGCUUUCUAGUUGGGAUCGUGUCUGCCUCUACAACAUUAACACAGAAAAGUUGAACUUAGUUCAUACAAACAAAGAUUUUGCCUCUUACGUUUGUUUCCCGUUUUGUUCUGAUUACGAGAAGAUUGAUCUGGAUUCUGACGAAAGAAGAAAUGGACCUACAAAUGCAAACUAGUCAACAAGGCCCAACGUGGGGCACAAAAUAUAGGAAUAUUUAAUUUGUUAUAUGGUUUGUUCUUCUUUUUUUUCUUUUUG